GACUGACGUUGUUUUUCCCCGGAUAGCAUUAGAAUUUGGACCACUGGUCCCAUCUUGGUUUGAGAAAGGAGAGAGCUGAGAGAACCGUCCAUAUUACAGCUGCUUUGUCAGUUUGCUUGUGGUGUCGACUGAUUGCUACUCACUGGCUAUGCUAAUACGCUAGGGCUCAGUUAACACCGAGGCGUUGCGCAUUUAAAUGACGCUUUGCCGGCUUGAAACAUCUACAAAGCAUUUUUGGUGGUGAUGGACCCUCCUGGUGGGGGAAGUGAACGGCGGAGGCAGGCUGAGCGUCUUCGACGGGAGGAGGCAUACUACAACUUUAUUAAUGAACUGAGUGAAGAAGAGUACCGCCUGAUGAGAGAUGGCAAUCUGCUGGGCACUCCUGGGGAGGUGACUGCAGAGGAGCUCCGUCAGCGCCUGGAUGGAGCCAAAGAGCGGGUGUCAUCUCAACCCCACGCUGAGCAGCGAUUGCAGACUGCUGAUUCUGGAGAACAGCAGAGCAGUAGCAGCGCAGGAGAGGAGAGAGGGGCUGGAGGAAGAGGAGGGGCAGGGACUACAGAAGCUGGAGCAGAUUCUUCUAAUGGAGAUUCGUUACUGGAGUGGCUGAACACGUUCAGGCGCACCGGUAACGCGACUCGAAGCGGCCAGAGUGGGAACCAGACAUGGAGGGCUGUCAGCCGGACCAAUCCCAACAGCGGGGAGUUUCGUUUCAGCCUCGAGAUCAACAUCAACCACGAUCAGCCCGAGCCGGGAGAGCAUAUUGAAACUGUGAACUCUGUGGAUGCCCCAGAACUCCCGGUGACUCCUCUCAACACCUCCGCCCGCACUGCUUCCCCCCUCUCCAGCUCUCGGCCUUCAGCCACUCCGAGGCCUGCGCCUUACCCCUCCCCACGCCCGGCCAUAAGAAGGAUCGAGACCCGGCGCACACGCAGCAGUACCACCGCUCUGUCUGUGAGCUCCGCCACGCUUCCUCCUGCAGAGAUAGUCCCAGCCACCAACCAGAGGCGGGCUUCUACUUUGCACUCAUCAGCACCUUCUCCUACUGUCCCUAGCCCUCCCGUUGAUCAAAGCGCACCAUCGCAGCAUCAUGUCCUGAAUGUAGAGGCAGAGCACAGGCGUAAUGAAGUGCCUGCUGCUCUAGACUGUCCUCGGGUGUCGCCACAGGGCGACUCUCAACCCCAAGCUGCGGGACAUGAAUCACGCAGCAGCAGGACUCGAUCACGUGGCCGAGCGCGCAGAGCUGCGGCAGGGGGCGGAGUUGCUUCUCGUGCAUCGAGGAGAAGUCGAUCCCCUUUGAACAGAACACCUAGUGUCAGCACCCUCCCACCAACUGGUAGCAGCCCAAAUGGGUCUAUGAUCCAAACCGGUGAGCCGAGCGGUGUCACGACCUCUGUAUCCAUGGAGACCGGGGGAAUUGUGUCCGAACCCGACGCUGUGCUGGAGUCCGCCGUGGAAACGGUAGAGCGUGCAAGCGAGUCGCCCGCAGCGGGCGCAGGAAGCUCGGCGGUCAGACGCCAUCCAACAAUCAUGCUGGACUUGCAGGUGAGGAGGAUCCGGCCCGGCGAGAACAGGGACCGGGACAGCAUCGCGAGCAGAACUCGAUCCCGCGCACGGGUCGCCGAGAACACGGUCACGUUCGAAAGCGACAGCGGCGGGUUCCGACGCACCAUCUCCCGCUCGGAGCGAGCCGGGAUCCGCACCUACGUCAGCACCAUCCGGAUUCCGUUGAGGCGCAUCAGCGAGACUGGCCUCGGAGAACCCAACUCCACCGCCCUGCGCUCCAUCUUGCGUCAGAUUAUGACUGGAUUUGGGGAACUCAGCUCGCUCAUGGAGACGGAGGCGAGUUCGGAAAGCGUCGCGCCCAGCCAUGCUGACGUUGGCGCCACAAAUAGCAGCAGCAGUCGUUUACAUUUAAAUGAGAAUGAGCCUGGCCAGGUUGGGACAGAUGAGGCCGUUCCAGGGCUGGAGGGCCAGGUGAGGAGCGAGGAUGAGCAGAUUGGGCAGGCCAGAUUCGGAGGCGGAGUAGUUAGCUCCGUAGACGGACGGGCAAACAGCCGAGACACCAACAACUUGGUUGAAAACGGCACCCUGCCCAUCCUGAGGUUGGCACACUUCUUUUUACUCAACGACGACGAAGACGACGAGCAUCCCCGAGGCCUGACCAAAGAGCAGAUCGACAAUCUAUCCACGCGUACAUACGGUCAGGCCAGCCUCGAAGGCGAGAUGGGUCGCGCCUGCAGCGUGUGCAUCAACGAAUACACUCAAGGCAACAAGCUGAGGCGCUUGCCCUGCUCCCAUGAGUUCCACGUUCACUGCAUCGACCGCUGGCUCUCCGAAAACAACACCUGCCCCAUCUGCAGGCAGCCAAUCCUCGCAGCGCAUCACGACUGACCCCACCCUCUGCUGCUUACGGCUGGCUGAGACUGAGCAAACCCAAGUGGGCUUAGCGUGUACAUAUCGCUUUCACCGCUUAGUUUCUUUGAAGACAUCCGUUGAGUUUAAAAAAAAAAAAGGUGGAACCAAAAGUGUGCAAAACAGGAAAGAAACUAUAAAUCCAGAGAAUUAAAAAAAGAAACUUUAUUUUUUUAGAUGCUACGUUUUGAGCAAGUCAUUUAGCUCCUCCUGUGUCCUUAGUUGCUACUUGUUUCAUCGGGCUUCAGAAGUCUGUCAGUAAACGGCUUUUAUGCUUUAGGAGCUCCUGUAGCGACUGUUGAAUAGUCUGACUCUAACACUUUUAUGUCUCACAUGCGUGACCUUCUUUUUUCCUUUUUUUUUAUUUUUAUAACUGACCAUACAACACACUUGUCGGUUUGGUUUAAUCAGUAUGAGCUGUAAAUAGGGCUGCACUGCUUAUCAGGUUCUUGAAGAGAUACAAGGCUAACAUCCCAACUGCUCAGAAUGGAAGAAGGACAUUUGUUUUUGUUUUAUUGUUGUUUUUGUUUUCUAUUUUAAAGCCUAAAAAGUCCAUUUUAAAGUUUCUUAAAAUAUGUGAAAUUUGAGAGGGUUAAACAAGUUUUGUAUUCACUUUGGAAAUACAUUCAUUCUGUGCUUGUAUUAAUUUAAGCCCUACAGUUAAAAUGCAAUACAGAGAUCCAGCAGUCAUCCAUUAAAAGCAGUCACUUUGAAUUAAAACCGUUUAAAGAUUUGUCGCCACAGUUCCAGUAAAACAGGCUCUUUUGAUAAUCAGGGAUUCGGACUGGUCCGCAUACGUUGUGCAAUAUUGAGAGAGGAAAAAUAUUGACUUGUUGGACAUUAACUUUGUUGUCUCUCGUUGUCUUUUCCACUCCAAGACAAACUCUUCAAUCAGUGUCUUCAUUGUUUCUGUUGCCAGUCCACAUACAGAGAACAGACUGGGAAGAUGUGGAAAUAAGAUUAUUCUGCAGUGUGUACAGUUUGUCCAGCUAACUCAAAAUUCCUCAUAUAGCAUCUGACUUGGUGUGUAACCUGAUGUAUUUUUUUUAAUCUAUUUUUUUUCCCCAUUACAUGCACAGAAUAGCCUUUUUGUGUAAAAGAAAUGGAUUAAGAGCUAACCCACCCAGUACAUUUGUUUCUGUCACUUUAUACAUAACAGCUGCAGUACACACCAGUUAACUGCAUCUCUGCAGUUUCUGUGUCCCUAACUAAACUGCAGGAUUGUUGCAGUACCGUGUGUAGGAAUGUGUGGAAGAGUGUAUGGUUUGUUUGCCUGUGUGUUUGUGUGUAUAAAAAAAAGGCCUGGUGUCUGUUCGAAGCUGGUUCUAUAAGAACUCUUCUAUUCAAUGUGUGGCCACGUAGUAGGGUUGGUGUGGGCAAAGGGUUCAGAAGUGAAUAUUUAUUCUGUUCCUAUUUAAUAUGAUGGAAAAAUCAGCCUUUGGAAUAUGAACUGAUAUAUUUUGCUUUGUCAUGAGAGUAAAUAAAAUGGCUAUGAUGAAUAUAGUAUGAAAAAGAAA